AAGUUAGAAGUUGCUCAACGACAGUGAAUCAAUAACUGACCAUUGCCGUACAAAAUUUCAGAAAUUCAGUGGCCUAUGAACGAUGCAUAAAACGGCUGCCAUGGCGUCAAAGCGCCAACCCGAUCUGAAUUUACCGUCUUUGAAGAGUCACACUCGCAGCAACAUUCAGAGAACUCUACAGGAGAUGGAGGGAUACGUGUCAACAGAGGAUUUAGAAGCGGCUAAACUAGAGUAUAUCGGCUUGGUACAGGCUGAACAGCUGCUUAAGGAACGUUAUCCCCCCGUGUACCAGGAUGUAUUGAUUUCUGGCAUCAUGGAAGCUCAGAAAAGUCCUCGUCACGGUCCAGAGAACAGUGCAAAGAGCAGACUGAGGGAAGUGCUGAUGGUCGCCUGCCGGGAGCCUAGCGUCAAUAAAUACACGUCCGGAACAGCCUUAUACGAGUACAAUUCACUUAAACGAUCCGAGAAAAUGCUACUAAACAUGCAGAAUAAAGUGGAAUUGCCGCAAAAGUACCUACCAAAAAGAAUGACCAUCAUGGAGGUUUCUCCCCGAGUGAAGCACGGCAAGAAAACCUCCCGUGGGGAGACCCACAGACACUCUGUAACGGGGUCCUCUAUCAGCGACUACGAAGAUGUUCUCAGAACAGUGGAGUUCCAACAGACUAAGAUAGACCAGCUCACUAAGAGACUGGGAGGCGGGAUAGAGGAGGAUGAUACUGCACUCAGUAAAGCCCUCAAAAUCACCAAACGAUUCAGAGACUUCCGAGACAAGGAAUACGCAAGAGCAUUUCAUGAGAUGAGUACAUGGAAUCAAGGCAAAGACACAGAAAUCAUGUAUAACCUCAUGAGGAUAGUACGGUAUGCAUAUCCAUUCUGCCAAACUGCCGCCUACGGACAGCUUUUGGAUUUAACCACGACAUCUGCAGUGCCUUUACUACAACCAAUCAAACUUCCUUACCUUGAAAGUUCCCCCACACGGGAGCAGAGACUAAUGUUGUCAUCAAAAGGGAUGAAAUACGUCAAAGGGUUACGUCAGGAGGUGGCCACAAUGUCUGUACCGCAGCUCUGCAAGAAAUUCAAAGAAACAACAAUAGAGAAGGAUUUUCGUUGGGACCAUACAAAACUACCUAGUGUGCUCAAUGACUAUAUAGACAAAUGUAUAGAAAUAUUAUGGUUAAUGUGCGUCCAAGAUCCGCCCAUGGCUCUUGUUUGGCCGUCAGAGGGAGACAGAGUCGAAAGGGACAAAUACGAGUUUUAUUCAGAGAGUGGGAAGUACGUAUCCAUGUGCGUAUGGCCAGCAGUUUUAAUGCAAGAAGGUGGAAAGGUUUUGUCAAAAGGAUCUGUUAUAGCGACGCAAAAGUGAUGGAAUUAAACUACAAUGUAGUUUAAAAUUCACAAAAUAUUAAUCACGUGACAAUGUGAUUAUCAUUUGAACUUGUAUCAAUGUAGGCAAACAAGAUAUAUCGCUCUUUAGGCACAUAUUGUAUCUACCUUACUUUUACCGCUAUGAUUCUUGUAUAAAUUGUAUUGUGAAUUGUCUCUUUAAAAGUACAUGAUAUAAGCUUUAAUACAUUAAUGUCUACAAACGCAUCAACGUGUAUUCAUGUACUCUACCAAAGUUGUACUGUUUUGUUAAUGUUUUAAGUUAAAUAAAAAUAUUUUUUGCAAAAUCUGUU